CUAAAUCGACUAAUUUUUCACAAGCUUCGUGAUUGUGAGGAGGAAUUCCAGAGAAAACGCGGUUUUGGGGUCGAAGUUUGAAACCCUAGGUUGAGAUAAUUUGGGGGUUUUUGGAUUUUUAGUUUCACAAGCAUCCUCUCAUCUUGAAACAAGGAAUGGCAAAGACAAAGGAAAAGCCGGGUUCAAGUUCAUCCUCGUCAAGAGGCAAAGGCAAGGAGAAGGAGCAGCCAUCGAAGAAGAGGCAAUAUCUUGGUAGGGUUAGUGAAAGCGAAAGCGAGGAAGAAGAAGAGAUGCAGUUAGACCCAAGAGAUAAACCGGUGUGGAAUUCGGGGUCAUUGGAUGACCAACCCGAAAUUUGGCAGCCAACUUUGUAUAACGAUUGCAUGAACAAGUUAAAGAAUAAAGCGGCCGCAUUCAUCUGUGAAAGAGAUGUUGAUGAGCCUCAGUUGGGCCAGUUCGGGGUGUAUGACAAGUUCCGUGCUUUGGGUUGGGAAGGAGCACUCAAGUGUUGGGAUAAGGAUAAGAGCAAUUUGUUUUUGACUGAAAUUCAGGAGUGGAUGGCAACACUUAAGUGUGAAAACUUCUAUAGGCCAUCACAAAUGAAGUUGAUUGGGACGGUACAUGGGGUACCAGUUGAAAUGUCAUUUGAUACUUUGAAGAAGUUGGGAAAAUAUGAUAGUCUUCCAGCUAGGGAAUACAUGAUUCCCACGCUUGAUGACUUGUUGCUCAAACCCGAGAAGCACGUGACAUGGAACAGUAUGUUGGCUGAUUUGUUUUUGCCCGGUAGGUAUGGUGGCGUGUUAUACCGAAAAAAUCUGAAGAUAGAAGCCAAGCUCUUGCAUACGAUCUGUUUACUUAAUGUCAUCCCAAGGAGAGGGGAUAAAGAACAGGUGAGGUUUCCAGAGAUACCUGUUCUGUACUCAUUGAUGCACGGGUCCCCACGGUUUCCAAUCCGCUACCUGAUCAUGCACCAUUUGUGGAUAUGUCGGAACAAAUACGGGAGAGACAUUGUCCCGUACUGCCGCAUCAUAACGGGCUUAAUGAAACAGCAGAAGGCACUCACAUCUGAAGACCGCGGUUUAACGAAAAGGCACUUGCCUUUUACUUUGGAUAGGUUGGGAAACGUUUGGACAUACACUUCGUCUGAACGUUAUCACAAGCUGAAAUCGGAGGGUCAACGGUGGAGGGCGUUGAAAUUAGGUGCAAGGGAAUUGUUACCGGGAGAACCGGAUGAACCUGAGAGUGAUGAAGAGUUAGUUCCGAGUGGGGAUGACGAUUACGCAGACGAGCCAACGGGUGGUGCAAAUGUUGGUUUUGGGGCUUUUCAUGGUGGUCAUGGUGGCACAUUUUACGACUAUGCGCAGCAACCAUAUGAGCCGGGGUGGGCUUAUAGUGGUUCAAUGCAGGAGGUGAUCGAGAGCCAACGCCCGCCGGCGGCCAUCUUUGAUACUUGGUCGGGUCCGGAGAGGUCGUUAUUUGAUCAAGGCACGCGGAAUAGCGCUAGUAUUGAGCGGGCACUUAAACAUAGCCUCGACCGCAAUGAAUCAUGGCACCGGACUCACGCAUAUUCGCAGGAGGUGGAAAUGAAUAACCGAUAUCACGAUGAUCAGAUGAGGCGGAUGCAUGCGGACUGGCAUGCUGGGAGGCCGGUGGUUGAGGAUCCACAACAUGUGGAUUAUGCCUCAUUGCCACCAUAUGAUGGCAGCGUUUCGUAUCCGACUCCACAACCCACCAUUCUCAGUGGCUUGAUCCAAGACGGCAAGAGGGACCACAACAACAAGAGGGAAGCAGUAGCGGCUCGUUCGGGUUUGGAGAAUGGAGCGAUAUGA